AUGUGGUUGAUCCACUCCUCGCAUAUUCUCCUCAAAUUGUGCCUCUUAUGCGUUCAGCUCAAAACACUCACUGGAAACAAAGUCUUCCCAACUGUGGUUUACAAUUUAGCCGACGAAACUCCUGCUGAUGCUCUCGUUGGAAAUGUGGCCGACAGCCUUAAACCAAGUCUCCCUGAUAAGAUUGCCUUUGUCUUAAUGACAUCGCAAAAGUUUCAGUAUUUCAACGAUUUUUUUCAUCUCAGUAUUAACGGGGAUUUGAUCACGGUUAAACACAUUGAUCGAGAUAACAGGAGUGAAAUUUGUGGACCCUUGGCUUGCUGUCAACUCAUUGUGUGUCAAAUCGAGGCAACCAUAUUGGCAACAAUCAGUAACGAUAAAGAAGAGAGUGGAAAAACCAGAAACAUUCACAUUCUGGAAACAAAAUCUCGAAAACAAGUGACUAUCCAGAUUCUUAUUCGGAUAAAUGAUGCUAAUGACAAUGCUCCACAAUUCCUACCCGUCACAUCCUCACCGAUGGAUUCGAAUGACUCACCAGAACCCUCGCCUUUUCAUAUGUACAUUCGUGAAGAAGAUGUAUCCGGCCACGAAACACUACCCGUUGCUAUCGAUAGAGACUCGAGACUAAACGGGGUCGUAGAAUAUCGUCUUAUCCAGUCUCCCUCGCUUAAUGAUCUUCAGGUAAAACCAAGUUUAGAUGUGAGAGUUUCCAACACUGUGUCCCAACAAGCAGCCGCUCAACUUCCGCUCGAAAUCGAUGACAUCCACAUCUCGACUCCCCGACUUGUUCACAUACGACCAUUGGAUUAUGAAAAUUUGGCCGAUCGAGAAAUACAUGCGGUUCUAUUGGCCAUCGACGGCGGUAAUCCACAACUAACUGGAUCAUUGUCCAUUGUUGUUCAUUUAUUAGAUAUUAAUGACAAUGCCCCUGUGUUUACUUACAACGAACGGGAGAACUACAUCACUAUUCCAGAGAACUCCACGCUAAGCAACAAGCCUUUAUAUGUGGCGAAAGCAACUGACGCAGAUUCAGGUGACAAUGGACGAAUUACCUAUGCUUUCAGCCCACUGACCAGCAUAGAGGCAACUAGAAAGUUUGCCAUUGAUUCUGUGACCGGUGCCAUACGCGUACGGAUGGCGUUAGAUUACGAAAUUUAUUCCGAAAGACAUUUUGUACUGCCAGUCCUUGCCAAAGAUGCUGGAAGUCCCCAACGUUCUUCAUCGAUGACCGUAUUUGUUACAGUGCGUGACGUGAACGACAAUAUUCCUAGCCUCAUCGUGCAAGAAAAUGUCACGAUUCCAGAAAAUGAGGUUGUUACAAAACCGGUUUUGAAGUUCUACAUCAAGGAUGAGGAUGAAUCUUCACACGGAAAAGUUUCUUGCCAAACGGCCAAUGUCACUGGAGAGCUUGCGUCAGAUCCUGAAUUACAGGUCGGCUCACAACUCCUGCGAAUUCAUUCCGUUUCUGAAACUGUCUUCUUUGUUUUUACAAAAGGUGUGCUAGAUUACGAGAAGACUCCCCGUGUAAGCGUUAUGAUCGAGUGUGUUGAUUUGGCAGAUAUUGUUGAAAACAAGCAAAAGCCAGUACUGCAACCGCAAAAACAUCAAAUUCGUAUUACGGCCGCUGUUGAAGAUCGCAAUGACAAUGCUCCGUCUUUUCUGAAAGAAAAGUAUUCGGUGAAUUUGCAUGAACAUUCACCUCAAGGAACCUUGGUAGUCGAGGUGAAAGCUGUAGACGCAGAUAGUGGUGAAUACGGUGAGUUAAUCUACGAGUUGGGAGCUGUAACCCCAUCAUCAGGUUAUCUCAUCCGCUCAGAUAACUUCAUACAAGCGUUCGCCAUUGACCCAAACACUGGAAGAGUGGAAGUCCUGCAACCAAGCCUGAUUGAUCGUGAACUAUCUGAGGUAAUGAACUUGAAGGUGUUUGCAAAGGAUAAGGGUGGUCUUUCUACAUCAACUGAAAUUGUGGUUAAACUGUCAGAUAUCAAUGACUGUGCGCCAACAUUUUCUGGUCCGGUGGAAUUUUUUCUCGAGGAAAAUCAGCGUGUGGACACGGUCGUUGCCCACAUUCUCUGCACGGACAAGGAUAUUGGAGCCAAUGGGCGCGUUCAUUUAUCAGUGGCCAAUGCUGGGACCGAUGUUCAUAAGUACAUCCGUCUUUCACCCGAUCCCAAUUUCCGCUACCAUGAUCGAUCUUUUAAUUACACACAUAAGAGUGGUCUAAUGCAGGACGAAUUGGUGGGGGACGGUGAGAUCCGUGCACUAUUAGUCAGCCAAAUGCCUGUGGACAGAGAAGCCUAUGCGGCAUUGUUUUUUGAGAUUUUCGCCUACGAUGAGGGUACGCCGGCAAAUAGCGUCACCACCACGAUCACAAUUCACAUCCUGGAUGAAAACGAUAAUGCACCAGUUCAAACGUUCCCACUGUACGACACGACCGUUGGAUUCCACCCACCCAUUUAUGCCAACUCGCCUCCGGGAACCUUGGUGACUCGAGUCCGUGCAACUGACAGUGACCAAGGUGAAAACGGCACCGUUGUGUUCCACAUUAAACCAGGCACAAAUGGAAGUGAGUUGUUUUACAUGAAUGCUACUUCCGGUGAGCUAUCAACCAACUGGAUUCCAAGUAAAAGCCUAAAGAAUUCGGAGACCGUUAGGCUGCUGAAAAUCCAACCAGCUGAGCACUCACGUCUACAGCAACAGACCGUUGGUGGUCACAUCUUGGUACAUCAGCCGAGGCCAGGAACGUAUCUUCUGAUAACUAUUGUAUCCGACAUGGGCGUUCACAGUCGCAGAAGUGAGAAUCGUUUCUAUGUAAAUAUUAACCCGGAAGAUCCGAGCCUUGUUGAUUAUUCAAAAGCGAACAAUGAAUGGAGUUCACAGAUGACUGCUAGCUUUCAGAAUAAUACAAUAAGCGUCAAUAAGUUGCUAAUCACUUUACUGAUUUUUCUCAGUUCGUUCACAGCACUGAGCAUUGCUGUGGCGGUACUGUGGACAAAAAUGAAUAAGAGGAGGAAUAGCGAACGAUUGAGGAAAAAAUCUCAUAUUGAGGCAGAAUGCAAGCCAAAUUUUUCAUUAAAUUCAAGUUCAAGACUGAGAGAUCCCGUUCUGUUGGGGCUUCAGGAAGAAACCCAAAAUGAAUUUAGUAAGUCUGAUAUGUACGAAAUUCAACAAGAAGAGGACUUCGCCAACCAGCAAUCAAAGAUCACACCACCAGUUUAUCCUAUUUUUACUGGGUCGCUACACGCAAAAACAUCUGGUAUGUUUGAUGGAUUUUUCGAGUCCAAUUCUCUCACAAACUGUAGUUCACCAAAUCUGAGGUGUAUUACCGGGUCAGACGGAUCAGGUCAACAGGACUUUUGCGGCUUUCAGCGAUCCAAGCCUUCAUGUGGGUUCCUGCAGCACCGUGGUGCUUACCUCAGUGCAACGAGUGAACAGAAUUUUUCACUCAGUGGUAAUCCACUGACCCCAUAUUCCCCUGGUGGAGUUGGCGCCUAUGAAUACGGUUCGUCAAACAUCUCCCCGUUAAUACAGAAUCUCAACGUAUUACGAUCUGAACCGGUAUCACAUGUUGCCAAUGCAAGUUUCGAUGGGGCCUACAGUUUCGGACAAUACGUUCAGGCAGACUGCCGUGAAUCUUUGCCAAUAUUUCCUGGACCAACUUAUCCAACUGUUACCUAUUCAGAAAAUAGUAUUUUUGGAAGUCACUGGUCUGGAAGAUGA